AUGGCAUCACGGCCAGGUACCCCGCGCGGCCACACGUCCCGACCAGGUACACCGCGAGGUCACACGUCCAGACCAGGCACACCUCACGGCCACACCUCCCCGUCUCCCCUCUCCAUCCGACACUUCAACUCCACGGAAGAGUACAUGUCGGUCAUCCGGAACGGGCUCUCUGAUUGGCUAAACUCCCUCUACGACUUGAACUUGACCCCGGACGACCUGGUCGAGUGCCUGAGCACGGGGGUGGUGCUGUGUCACCACGCCAACACGUGGGAGGUGGAGAGCGGGACGGACUACCGCGUCCACUUCUCCCCCCGAGCCACCCAGGGGUCGUUCCAGGCCAGAGACAACGUGUCCCUCUUCAUAGACUGGUGCCGCCGCAGUCUGCAGUUCCCGGAGACGCUUCUAUUCGAAACGAACGAUCUAGUGGAGGGGAGAAACGAGCACAACUUCCUGGUGUGUCUGUUGGAAGUGGCGAGGACAGGCGCGCAGGUUGGGCUGCCGGAACCCGUGUUCGACCUGCCCGAGAUGUGCGUGGAAAAGUUCGCCACCGGCCCGCUGAGUACCAUACAGUUGUCUUACACUGGCAAGAAGGUCGCUCGGACAGAGCCCAAACACGACUCUGGAACGACUCGGCAAACUCCACCUGUUCACAAGAGAGGCGGAGAAAAGAACGGUCACCCAUCGACGGACAAAACCGAGACUGAUCGACCAAUGACACGCCCACACCAGCGGGCUGUCUCCUCUGAUGGGACACCAGCCGGAAAUGACGUCUCCUCCCCCGACAAGGCGACCGGAAAUAACGUCAUGAUGGUUGUCCGUGACUCCCGCGGUAAGCACACCGUGUUGCGGGACCGGACGGAGCCGGUGGACCUACAGGCCAAGAACUACCAGCUCGUGUGCGCGGACACCGUGGAGCUGCCGACCAAUCAGGACACGCGAGACCGUGACGCAAAGUUACACGUCAUGGCGGCGAUUCCAAAUAUGGAAGCGAAGCCUGGAGAUGACGUUUUUGUCAAAAGUGCUGCUACUACUACGGAGUUUGUUGCGCAGAGAGAGAAAAGCUGCCCCGUACACGGAAGGUCAUCCUCUCUCGAUGACGUCGAUCUAGCACACGGGCAGCUCCCUCACGCGCCUAAGGAGAAAACUAGCCGGACAGCCAGACGUUGGUCAGACGGGUUUUCAACCCAGAGAAUCGUCGGAAGAAGAGACAGCGGCAAGUCCCCAUCGGAGCGCGUUCUGUCCAAAGUGGGAGCAAAAAGUUCCGGCCACUUCGAGUCCCCGUUCAUGCAGUCAGACAGGCAGGUCUCGUCACCACGCCGGGGCUCGCUAGGCUGCUCGGUCUGCCCCAGACACUCAGACGCUGAGCAGCCGGAAAGUCUGGAGUCGUUCUGGGAGAGGCUGUCUCGGCCUAAGACCAGGAGGAAGUCCUUGCCGUCUGGCCUGCCCACUGUGUCUGAAAACGUCGCGAGACCAAGGCCGAAGUCGGCUGACGCCAGGCUACACAUGAGACGGGAUCACAAACUCCCCAGAACCGUGUCGCCCCGACAGGACCCGGUCCCCUGGCCGCCCUCUAAGAUUCCCCGUCCGACAUUUUACGCGGAACCGGAGGAGACGGUGGGCCCUGUGUCGCCCUCAGCUUGCUCGAACGCCAAAAACUUACAGGACUUCCUGGACUAUCUGCACAAAUCCAACGCGCUUCAGCGGUCAGACUCCGUGUCUUCGACGUCGGACUCCAGCGAAGGAAGCACUUUGAUAUGA